AUAAGUUACUUGGUCACACAGAAGGACAAUUUCGAUGCUACGACUUUAACAGUGCGUCAAGGGUACUAGUUAUCUUGAAAAGGUCCUGUAAUUUGCAGAAGAAAGAAGAGGAACUACUAAAGCUGUUUAAAAAGGAGCUACAUAGUGAGUGGAAACACUCAAAGCAGCAAUGGGAUUCAAUAUGAGGAUGUUUUGGCUCCCGCUGUGGCUGAUGGCCUGCCUUCCAUUUUCUUCCCUUUUUUCUCCAACUGCUGGAUCUCCAAUGAAUGUGAUGAUUGCCCCCAACGUGCUGAGAGUUGCAACAGAGGAAAGGAUUUUUAUAGAGAUUCAGGACCAUAUGGAACAAAAUAAUGUGAACGUUAGAAUAUCCGUGAUGAACCAUCCAACGAAAACCACAGAGUAUGCAUCGACAUCUGUGACACUUACAAAGCAAAAGAAUUUCCAGGCAUUUGGAAAAAUUGUGAUUCCCACUGACCGCCUCGUCAAUGAUCGCAAUGUAAAGCAGUACGUUACUCUACAGGCCCAAUUUCCUGGUCAUCUACUCGAAAAAGUUGUGUUAGUUUCCUUCCAAUCUGGUUACAUUUUCAUUCAGACUGACAAGCCCAUCUACACCCCCAGCAGCACAGUUCACUACAGGGUUUUUGCGAUGUGGCCUGACAUGAAGUCUCCAUCGGAUUCUUCAAUUAAUCUUGAUAUUAUGACCCCUGGUGGAAUUGUGGUAGAGUCUAAACUAAUCUCCCUGGGGUCAAAAAUCUACUCGGAAACUUACACCCUGGGUAACAUUGUGAGCUUUGGAAAUUGGAAGAUGAUGGCCAAAUUUCACAGCAACGCAGCAGAGAGUUUCACUGCAGAGUUUGAAGUUAAAGAAUAUGUACUUCCUAGCUUUGAAGUUCAAUUGUCACCCCCUCCUGAGAGUCCCUUCUUCUAUGUUGACAGCAAAGAGCUCAAGAUCACCAUUAAAGCUAGGUAUAUGUUUGGUAAAGAGGUGGAUGGAACAGCUUAUGUGGUGUUUGGAGUUAUACUUGGAAAUGAAAAAAAGAGCUUCACAAGUUCUCUUCAAAGAGUCCCGAUUCAGAGAGGUAAUGGAGAGGUAAAACUACAAAAGGAACACAUCACAGACAUCUACCCAGACAUCAGUCAACUUCUCGGGAACUCUAUAUAUGUAUCUGUCAGUGUGCUGACUCAAAGUGGUGGUGAAAUGGUAGAAGCAGAAUUAAAAGGAAUCAUGAUUGUUGAAUCCCCCUACACAAUCCAUUUUAAAAAAACACCUGAAUAUUUCAAACCUGGAUUGUCUUUCGAUGUAAUGGUUGAAGUUGUUAAUCCGGAUGGUUCUCCAGCAGACAGUGUACCUAUUUUGGUUAAUCCUGGUGAAAAAUUGGCUGUAACUAAAAGCAACGGGAUGGCAAGACUUUCCAUCAAUACUGAACAAUCAUUGGAACGCCUGGAAAUAAGUGCAAGGACCAACCAUUCCCAAGUUUUAUCUCAUCGACAAGCAACAGCCACAAUGGUAGUUCUCCCUUAUAAAUCCCCAACUAAUAGUUUACUUCACCUAAGUGUUCACUCAGCUGAAGUGAAGCUAGGUGAACAGAUGAAAAUCGACCUGUACUUUACCAGGCCAGAAAAUCAGCCAAAAGACAUCACAUACAUGAUUUUAAGUAGAGGUCAGCUGGUGAAACAUUUCAGAGAAAAGAACAAUAAUAUAAACCAGAUGUCAUUGUCUUUUGAUAUUACAAAAGAAAUGCUGCCAUCAUUCCGCAUUGUAGCCUUCUAUCACACAAACGCCAAUGAACUUGUAUCAGAUUCUGUUUGGGUGGAUGUGACCGACACCUGCAUGGGAACGCUGACACUAGAAAUGGAUAAACCCGCUGCAAGCUAUGAACCUGGCAAAUCUUUCACUCUAAAAGUAACUGGAGAUCCAGGGGCCACAGUGGGGUUGGUGGCUGUUGACAAAAGUGUCUACGUGUUGAAUAACAAGAACCGCCUAACACAGAAAAAGAUAUGGGAUGUAGUGGAGAAAUAUGACACAGGCUGCAAACCAGGUGGAGGGAAGGAUGCCAUAAACGUCUUCUAUGAUGCAGGACUGUUGUUUGUGAACAACAACGGUGUUACACCGGACAGAACAGAUUUAAUGUGUCCUGCCCCUACCAGGAGGAAGCGAGCAAGCACCAUCAUGGAAGUCAGAACCAGCUUGAUAAGUCAAUAUACGGACAAAUUACAAAAGGAUUGCUGUUUGGAUGGUAUGAAGGAAUCUCCUGUAUCAUACAGCUGUAAGAGGCGUGUUCAGUACAUUGUGGAUGGUCCAUCAUGCGAGCAGGCCUUCCUGCAUUGCUGCGAAGAGAUGCAAAAGCAGAGAGAUGACAUGAAGGUGGAAGUCCUACACCUAGCUCGCAACGAGAUAGAUGGUGGUUACAUUGACAGAAAGGAUAUAAUAAGUCGCACCAAGUUCCCUGAAAGUUGGCUUUGGAGAGAUAUCCAACUGAGAUGCCCUACCAAUGACCCCAAAUGUAAAACUGUGACUUUCACAAAUCCGGAACCAUUUCCAGACACAAUCACAACCUGGCAGUUGACUGGCAUCAGUCUGUCAAGAACUCAUGGUCUCUGUGUGGCCAAACCAUUAGAGGCCAUAGUCUGGAAGCCAUUCUUUGUUGACCUCAGGCUGCCCUACUCCGCCGUUCAAGGAGAGCAGCUGGAAAUUAAGGCAAUUCUCCACAACUACAACAACCAUCCCAUAACUGUCCGCAUUGAGUUUAAAGAGGAAGACCAUGUCUGCAGUGCAGCUUACAAAAAAAAAUGGUUUCGAGAUGAGGUCGAGGUUGGAGCCCAAACUACGAGAUCUGUACCAUUUGUCAUUAUUCCCAUGAAGCACGGAUCUUUUCCUAUUGAGAUCAAAGCAUCUGUUAAAGGUUUUCAGGGGCUCUUUGAUGGAAUUAAGAAGACUUUCCGUGUGGUGCCUCAAGGUGUGCAAGUGACAGAAUCAACAAAAGUAACACUAUAUCCUGCUGGAAAAGGCGGCAGACAAGUGGAAAUUAUUAACAGUAACAUUUCCAUGGCCCAUCUGGUUCCAAGUACACCUAUGAACACCCUAAUCUCUUUGACAGGAAUCGGGCAGAUGAAUUCGUUGUUGGAUAAUGCCAUUAGUGGGGAGUCUAUGGGUACUCUAAUCAACGAGCCUCGUGGUUGUGGAGAGCAGAACAUGGCCGCCAUGACCCUGCCUGUCAUUGCUGCCAUUUAUUUGGACAAAACCAACCAAUGGGAAGCUGUGGGCUUUGAAAAGCGCAACGAAGCUAUACAAUACAUUAAGACUGGCUACAGAAAGCAACUUAAAUAUCAUAAACCUGAUGGAUCUUUUGCUAUUUUUCCAGAGUCUAAAAGCACCACCUGGCUGACUGCCUAUGUUGCCAAGGUGUUUUCCAUGGCCACAGGUCAUGUGCACAUUGAUUCCAGCGUGAUCUGUGGCGCCAUCAAGUUUCUGAUUCUUCACACACAGCAACCUGAUGGCGUAUUUGUGGAAAUUGGAGAAGUUUGGGAUAAAAAUAUGAUAGGUGAUGUGGGCGGUGUAGAUUCAGAUGCCUCCAUGACUGCUUUCUGCCUAAUUGCCAUGAGGGAGUCAAGUGGAAUAUGUUCUUCCAGUAUUUCUAGCCUUCCAAACAGCAUUAGAAAAGCAGAAACCUACCUGGAACAGCGACUGGGGAGCCUUACCAACCCUUACGCUGUGGCGCUGACAUCAUACGCCCUGGCAAUGAAUAAAAAACUGAACCGAGAGAUUCUCUUCAAGUUUGCUGCCCCAGAUCGAUCUCACUGGCCAGUUCCAAGGGGAAUUAUUAUUACACGGGAGGCCACUGCGUAUGCUCUACUUGCACUUGUUAAGAACGAGGCCAUUGAAGAAGCAAAACCUAUUGUGCGAUGGCUCAGCCAACAGCAGAAGGAGAAUGGAGGCUAUGGAUCAACUCAGGCUACUGUAAUGGUUUACCAAGCAGUGGCAGAGUAUGCAUCUAAUGUGAAAGAACCCCCAUUUGAUCUUAAUGUGGACAUAGCAAUACAAGGCAGGUCAAUGAUCAACAAAAUAAACUUCAACCAUGAAAAUCACUACACCACUAGAAGGUCUAAGUUUGAUGGUAUCAAUAAGGAUGUCACAGUGACUGCAACCGGGACAGGAGAAGCAAUGUUUAAUAUGGUAUCCCUUUAUUAUGCUAUACCGAGUAAAGAGGAGAGUGACUGUGAGAUGUUUGACAUGAAACUGGAACUCAUUGAAGUGAACAGUGAAGAAGGUGCGAGAGUGUACAAGCUCAAAAUAGAAGUUUUGUACAAAAACAUGGAGAAGAAUGCAUCCAUGUCAAUCUUGGAUGUUGGUUUACCAACAGGCUAUAAUUUUAACAAAGAUGACCUUGACGCAUUGUCCAAAGGGCAUGACCGCAUCAUUGCAGACUAUGAGGCAAACAAAGCUCUGUCAGAAAGGGGCUCCCUGAUUAUUUAUCUGAGUAAGGUGUCUAACACACAGUAUGAAGAAAUAACUUUCAAGAUCGAACAGCAGAUGAAAGUGGCCUUCUUACAACCAGCUGCUGUGUCAGUCUAUGAAUACUAUAACAAGAAACGAUGCGUUCAGUUCUACCGCCCUGGGAGGAUUAGUGGGGAGUUAUUGACACUUCGUCACAAUGCCGGAUACUUGUGUGCUGAAGAAAACUGCAGUAAACAGAAAAAGGAGAAAAUCAACAAUGAUGAACGUACAAAUAAAGCCUGUGAAUCCACAGAAUCAAGCAAAAUAGAUUUUGUUUACAAAGUGAUUGUAGAGGAUGUUUUCCACAAUUACACCACUGACACCUACAGUAUGCGCAUCUUGGAAGCCUUUAAGUUAGGAAGUACCGAUGUUGCUCCGAAAGACAAACUGCGCCUAUUCCUUGGUUACCUGCACUGCAGAGAGGCGUUAGGUCUGCAACCAAGCAAAACCUACCUGAUCAUGGGUUCAUCAUCUAAUAUUCGCAUUAUUGGCACCUCAUUCCAGUAUCUCCUUGGUGAGACUACUUGGGUCGAGUACUGGCCAACCACAGAAGAGUGCCAAACUGUCAAACACCGCCCUACUUGCGUGGGCAUGGAGCUCCUAGAGGAGCAGAUUGAAGAUUUUGGAUGUAAUAUGAAGUGAUUGGAAAUGAAAUGUUUAUUUUUUUAUUCCAAAACCCUUCUGAAUAAUUAUUUUCCCUUAAGUUGACAAGUUGACACUUGUAAUAGUAGGUCUUCUUGAAUGUUUAGCUACUGUCACUAAUUAAGGGCUCCUCUAAGUACAUGUUUAAUUGAAGUAUAAAGUAACUAUAACUAAAAUAACAAAAAAAUUUGAAUAUGAAGGUGCAAAAUUAUUUUUAGGAACUUUUUUUGCUUUAAGGUUACCUAUCAAUGGAUAACAUUUUGUCAUUUGAAUACAGAAAUAAAAUUAAACCCUGAAUUUGUUGCUAGAUUUUUGUUUUACAUUUUGUAGACAACCUUUUACAACUGAUGCAUGAUAGUAAUGACAUUAUAAUUGUGCAAAAUCAAAAUGACAUGAUAUCCAAUUGUUUGGUUUUAAAUUUCUCUUUACAAGUUCA